CCUCAGAUACGAGCUGCCAUCACAGAACACAAAAACCUUGUAAACACUUGAACCAAUGAAUCUAAUAGAUCUACAAAGAAAAACACAUGAAGGUGUAACUCAUAAUGCUAUAUUCCAAGUUUUCUAUCAAAACAGUUGUUUUGGGAAAUGUAAUUAUUCAGAGAAAAUGCUGACCCGCACCCAUUAUAAUCACGAGAGAUGACACACAUUUUCCUUUCAUUUCCAAUCUGUUAUUUAAAGUGAAACUGAAAGUUAGACCUGGAUGUAUAAAUAUACCCUCCCAUGAGAGCUGCCUACACAUCACAUCUGCACAUCCUUCAGGAGCACAAGAAUAUAGUUCUGUGAUUGUUAUUUGUUCAAACGACACAAGAUUGCAAAUGGGAGCAAGUGAAUCAAAACCAACUGAACAACUGAAUGAAGCAUGGAGGACAUUUGACUGGGGACAGAAGGAAGAGCUGAAAGAACGUCUAGAAAAGUUUACGUUGAGUAAUCCAGAUGUGACAAACGUCAAGAUCCUGGUGGCUGGACAAAUUGGAGCAGGGAAGUCCAGCUUUAUUAACUCUGUCCUUAGUGCCUUUCAAGGAGAAAUAGUUAAUGAAGCAAUAGCUGAUGUUUCGGGAUCAGCCGCCAGUCACAGUUUCACAAAAAGACUGAGAACAUACCGCAUCAGAAGUGGAGAUGCAGAUUUGCCUUUUGAAUUAUGUGACGUAAUAGGCUUAGAACCUGAAAGAAUAUCUGAGUGUCAACCAGAUGACAUUAUCAACACCAUAUAUGGUCAUGUGAAGGAGGGAUAUAAAUUCAAGGAGAAACCUCUCACUAGUGAUGAUGAACAUUACAAUCAAAACCCUUCACUGUCUGAUCAAGCAUUCUGCCUAGUUUACGUCAUAGAUGCAAAUACAUUCCAACUCUCUGAAGAUGAUAAGAUACUUACAGAGAAAUUGAGGCUCAUUCGCCAGACCAUCAGUGAUAAAGGGAUUCCUCAAGUGAUUGUCAUGUCUAAAGUGGAUGAAGCAAGUCCUCUGGUCAGUAAAGAUCUAAAGAUGGUCUACAGAAGCAAGAAGAUCAAAGAGAAGAUGGAGUUGUGCAGUUUCAAAGUGGGUGUUCCAAUGAGCAACAUCUUCCCAGUGAAGAACUAUCAUAAUGAGAUUAACACAAAUGAUCAUGUUGAUGUUUUGAUUCUCAAGGCAUUAGAUCAGAUUGUGCGUUCUGCUGAUGCAAGACAGAGGUUUGGUGCUUCCAACAAAUGAGUUUUCGGGACAAAAAACAACAAUAAUAGCGUUUAGGGUUGAAUGUAUAUUAAAUGGCCAAAAGUAUAUCAUCUGAAUCAAGGCACAUUCCAUGUGCAACAUAGUACAGGUUACAGCCAACAUUUGAUAAUGAUAAAAGUGACCCACACAUACACACAGUAUUAGAAAUUGCUACACAAAUUAGUCGUGUCAACUUGAUUGACUUGAACACAGUAAACUCAACAACAACAAACUCAAAAUGAUAAAAAAAAGCAAAGUAAUUCUAUUUGAUUCAAGUUCAGUACACUUGCAUUUUGUAUAUAACCCAUAUACUUUAUUUUCCUGAAGGCUUCUAAGUGAUAUUUUAGUACUAAAAUCAUGCUAGCUCUUCCUGUUGUUGUUGCUAGCUGCCCUUUUCUGCUCUUCUUCUGUAUAAAGGUAAUUGGUCGUCUUUGUGUAUUUUGCUCCAUACUGAACUAUUCUGCAAUUAUGUUCUUUUUAUUAUCAACUGGCGCUAUGUUUUAGCUCAUUCAGCAUCUACACAUAAUCCAUCAUGAUAGCAGAGAAUCAACAUGCUAAUCAGUAUUACUUUAUGUAACCCUUAUAAUAAUUCAGUACUAUAUGUGAUGUAAAAAUCCUAUAUGCUACUAUAUUUACUUAAAAUUCCACAGUAAAUUUCCAAAGAACCCACAGUCUUCUGGUU